AUGCACCUCCAAACCCUCCUCCUCUCCCUAACUCUAACCUUCACCAUCCAAACAACCGCAACACCACUUCCCUUCUCCCUCUUCACACACAGUGCCGCCCUAACAGAAUCCCAACUCCUCGCCAUCGCCCCAACAUCAAAAUCCUGCACUAAAGCCCCAGCAAAAGGCGAAUGCGCCACAGCAAAACAAGCAGCAAAGUUCAUUUCCAAAUCUUUCGACAAAUACAAAGUAACCUCUCAGGCUGAGCAAGCUGCCAUCAUCAGUCUUAUGGCGUUUGAAAGUGAGGAUUUCAAGUAUAACAAGAAUCAUUUCCCCGGUGUUGCCGGACAGGGCAGUACGUACCGAAUCUUCCCUAGCCCUAACUCUUUCCCAUGCAACAUUGAAAUCCCAUGCAAUAACACCCAUUUUCCCUACAUGCAUGCUGACCAUGUUACUCCAGCACGCAACAUGCAAUCACCAUCCUUCAACAAAAAAUACGCAUCCUCUCUACCUGAAAUAAAAGACAAACUCCCCGGCGUUAGCAACAGCCCGGGAGAUCUACUUGAUCUCCUCCGCAGCGAUGCUGCUACGGACUUUGGCUCGGGUGCUUGGUUCCUUACUACGCAGUGCUCCAAGAGCGUGCGGAAUGCGCUUGCACAUGGCUCUGAGACGGGGUGGCAGAGGUUUAUCUCGGAUUGCGUGGGGACUUCUGUUACUGAUGAGCGGAGGGAUUAUUGGGAGAGGGCUAUUGAGGCGAUUGGUGUUUAG